ACCAAACAAGAGUGGUCUUUUUUUUUUUCAUCUUGCUUCUCUCUUUUCACUUAUAGCGGCUUAAAACAGUGAAACGCUCGCGAACUUUAAAGUCACCACUUCCAUGGCCAUCGCUACCGUUGCUUGCCACUACAAAUGCUCUUCGCGGGAUGGAGACGAGCGUAACCUUUUUCUCGCAGAGAAUGAGGCCUGUCGCAAUGCUGCUGGCUAUCGUCUUCUUCAUCGUGUCUUUCACGAGCUAUGUCUCUGCGAUGACCGCCAGUGGCACUGCCUUUUCUUCGUCGUCGUCGCUGAAUCAGAUCGUUGUUGGUCGAGUUUUCUGCGAUCGAUGCGUGGAGGGACGCUUCUCCAGGCAUGCGGCGUUCGUCAAAGGUAAGUCGAUAAGUCCCUGGCGAUCCAAAGUUUUUCCACUCGAAAACUUCGAUGUCCUUAGCUGACGAGAACACUCUUCUUCGCCUUAGAUCAUGAGAACUUUCUUCGGCCCGAAGAUCUUAUCUGAACUUUGUCUUUCCAGGUGCCAAAGUUGCGCUCGAGUGCACGGGAGACGAUGGUGGAAUUCACGUUGCCGAGGGCGAGACGGACAUGGCUGGCUCGUUUCUGAUCCCCUUCGACACCUCCAAGAUCAACUCCCACUCCUGCUCGGUCAAGCUUGUAAACGCACCGCUCUCCGAGUGUAAUCUCGUCUCAAAGCCAGCUCAAGUUCUCACACCCGACAUGAAGCUCAAGAAAAACGUCGUCUACGCCGGACUGCUGAGCUUCCGGCCGGAAGAACCACUCCCAGCCUGUUCUUCACGGAAGAGUGACGCCUACUACGGCACUCCGCCAGCGUACUCGUCCCCAGCGCCUGUGACCCGUGCCGCUCCUCCACCGCCAGCGUUCUCUUCUCCAGCUCCGAUAGUCCGAGCUUCACCACCUCCACUCUACUCGAGCCCGGUUCCAUACUCUUCUCCAGCUCCGAUGGUCCGAGCUUCACCACCUCCACUCUACUCGAGCCCGGUUCCAUACUCUUCUCCAGCUCCGAUGGUCCGAUCUUCGCCACCUCCACUGUACUCGAGCCCGGUUCCAUACUCUUCUCCAGCUCCGAUCGUACGAGCCUCUCCGCCACCAUAUUCGUCUCCAGCUCCAAUUGUUCCAGCCUCUCCACCGCCUUAUUCCUCUCCAGCUCCGAUCGUUCGCUCGUCCCCUCCACCACUGUAUUCUUCUCCAGCUCCAGUUGUUCGCCCAUCACCUCCACCAUAUUCGUCUCCAGCUCCGAUCGUUCGCUCGUCACCUCCACCAUACUCCUCUCCAGCUCCGGUCGUUCGCUCCUCACCUCCACCACUGUAUCAGCCUCCUCCACUUUACUCCAGCCCGGCUCCGAUCAUCCGCUCAGCACCACCAGUCCCAGUGUCUUGCGCUCCUCCAAUCUACUCUAGUCCGGCUCCAAUAGUUCGUUCAUCGCCGCCACCAGCGUACUCCUCUCCUUCACCGCCACCAUACUCUUCUCCAGCUCCGAUCGUUCGUUCUUCUCCACCUCCAUUGUACUCUUCUCCAGCUCCCUCACCACCGCCACUCUACUCUUCCCCAUCUCCAAUCUCUCGAUCCUCCCCUCCUCCACUGUACUCUUCCCCAGCUCCAAUCUCUUCACCUCCUCCAUAUUCUUCUCCAGCUCCAAUCGCUCGAUCCUCACCGCCUCCACUCUACUCGUCCCCAGCUCCAAUCACUCGAUCCUCGCCUCCUCCGCUCUACUCUUCCCCAGCACCGAUCACUCGAUCCUCACCUCCGCCAUUGUACUCGCCGCCAGCUCCGAUCGCACCGCCGCCAGUCUUCUCGUCACCAGCUCCAAUCGUUCGAUCGUCUCCUCCUCCUGGCUACGCCCCACCCUACUAGUCACGAAGAGAAAUAUUUAGGGUUCUAGCCUAGCGCUCUAGAUUUUGUUCUUUCUUUUUCACGGAAUAGAAUUUGCCCUA